UCCAUGGCCGCCCUCCUGCUGCUGCCGCUGCUGCUGCUGCCGCUGCUGCUGCUGCUCCGGAGGCCGCCCGUGUGGCCGCGGCUUCGCUGGCUGGCGGCCGACCUGGCCUUCGCCGUGCGCGCCCUGCGCUGCAAGAGGGCCCUGCGCGCGCGGGUGCUGGCGGCGGCCAAGGCCGACCCCCGGAGCCCCCAGGGGGGCUGCAGCCUGGCCUGGCGCCUGGAGGAGCUGGCGCGCCGGCGGCCCGCGCACACCUUCCUUCGCCACGGCGCGCGGCGCUUCAGCUACGCCGAGGCCGAGCGCCGGAGCAACCGGGCGGCGCGAGCCUUCCUGCGCGCGCGAGGCUGGCACGCGGGGCCCGGGGGCGACGCGGCGCGGGACGGGGCCGAGGGGGCCGGCGCCGCCCCGCUGACCCCGGGGGCCACGGUGGCCCUGCUGCUGCCCUCCAGCCCCGAGUUCCUGUGGCUCUGGUUCGGGCUGGCGAAGGCCGGGCUGCGCGCCGCCUUUGUGCCCAGCGCUCUGCGCCGCGCCCCCCUGCUGCACUGUCUGCGGAGCUGCGGCGCGCGCGCGCUGGUGCUGGCGCCAGAGUUCUUGGAGUCCCUAGAGCCUGACCUGCCAGCCCUGAGAGCUCUGGGGCUCCACCUGUGGGUGGCAGGGCCCCCAACUCCCGCUGGCUUCUCCGACCUGCUGGCCGAGGCCGAGAGGGAAGAGGACAAGCCUGUGCCCGGAUACCUGUCAGCCCCACGGAACAUGAUGGACACGUGCCUGUACAUCUUCACCUCGGGCACCACAGGCCUCCCCAAGGCUGCCCGCAUCAGUCACCUGAAGGUGCUGCAGUGCCAGGCUUUCUACCAGCUCUGUGGUGCCAGCCAGGAGGACAUCAUCUACCUGGCCCUGCCGCUCUACCACAUGUCUGGCUCGCUGCUGGGCAUCGUGGGCUGCCUGGGCAUUGGUGCCACGGUAGUGCUCAAAACCAAGUUCUCAGCGGGCCAGUUCUGGGAGGACUGCCAGCAACACGGGGUCACGGUGCUCCAGUACAUCGGGGAGCUGUGCCGCUACCUUGUCAACCAGCCACCGAGCCCGGCUGAGCGUGGACACCAGGUCCGGCUGGCAGUGGGCAGCGGGCUGCGGCCAGACACCUGGGAGCGCUUCGUGCGGCGCUUUGGGCCUCUGCAGGUGUUCGAGACCUAUGGCCUCACCGAGGGCAAUGUGGCCACCUUCAACUACACGGGGCAAUGUGGCGCCGUGGGCCGGGCCUCUUGGAUUUACAAGCUUGUCUUCCCCUUCGCUUUGAUCCGCUAUGACAGCGCCACAGGGCAGCCAGUCCGGAAUGCCCAGGGUCACUGUAUGGCCACCCGUGCAGGGGAGCCCGGGCUGUUGGUGGCCCCUGUGAACCAGCAAUCGCCAUUCCUGGGCUACGCUGGAGGCCCCCAACUGACCCAGGACAAGGUGCUGCAGAACGUCUUCCGGCCUGGGGACAAGUUCUUCAACACCGGGGACCUGCUGGUCUGUGACAAAUACGGUUUCCUGAGCUUCCAUGACCGCACUGGAGACACUUUCAGGUGGAAGGGGGAAAAUGUGGCCACCACCGAGGUGGCAGGGGUCCUGGAGGCCCUGGACUUUCUACAGGAGGUGAAUGUCUACGGUGUCCGCGUGCCAGGGCAUGAAGGCCGGGCCGGGAUGGCAGCCCUGGUGCUGCGCCCUCCACUUGGCCUGGACCUUGCCAGGCUCUUCAGCCACGUGUCUGAGAAUUUGCCACCGUACGCCCGACCCAGGUUCUUGAGGCUUCAGGAGUCUCUGGCCACAACAGAGACCUUCAAGCAGCAGAAGGUGCGGCUGGCAGAGGAGGGCUUUGACCCGAGCACCCUGUCGGAGCCCCUGUACGUGCUAGACAUGGCCGAAGCUGCCUACCUGCCACUCACAGCUGCCCGGCACCGAGACCUCCUGGCCGGGCACCUGCGCAUCUAAUCACCACAGGCCCAUUGGGGUGUUGGGGAGCGUGGGCCGAGGGGAGCGUGGGCCGCAGGGAGCGGCCUUUCCUACACUGCCUUUGUCAUUAUUUUUUUCUAAUAAAAU